GGAGCCUUGAUUAGUAGGGACCUUCGCAGCUGACGGUCUGCUCAACGCAGUAAUCAGCCUGGAUGAGCCCGGCUUACGACCACCUCCAACAUCAACCAGGCUCAUCGCCUAGACUGUCCAUGCCACGGACGGCUCCGUAUCAUGUCGCACCUGGCGAGUCCAUUCCCGUCACCAAAUGGCAGAUGCAGCUGGUGGAUGACCCACUCUGGGGGUGGUUUUGGGCGCUCUCCUUCAUGCUCCCUACGUAACCGAGCGGUCCUUACGGAGUACGGAGUACCCUGCCGCGCGAUCUGCUUGGGAGCUCAGACGUUGUGGCGUCGGUCAGGGCACGCGGGCAAUCACUUUCUGGUAGUAACUUUACCGUUACAAUGCUUCUCAGUUUUAUCAGAGGAGGAGAAGCUUCGCAAGACCCAUACCAACAGUGCCAUAAUGGGUUGGGUUGGGUUGAGCCUGGGCAAUCAGGACCAUCAUCAGAGCAAGGCGAGCGGUAUCUGGAAUGCCGUGUCACAUCCACCCUGCGCCGAUGGCUUGAUUUCACGAUCGGUUGCAGCCUGGCGCUCCAGCUCCAGCUCCAGCUCCAGCUCCAGCUCCAGUUCUAAACCUGGCGAAGUAAGGUGUGGGUGAGAUUCCAUCAGGAAGCAUGGUUCGAUGACGAUGACAUGAAUGAGGCUUGGACGUUGAACUGAACCUGCCCCUGAUAGAUAACUAGCACCGCAACGCAUGUAAGCACUUUUCCCGGU